AUGGUCAAAGUCUUACUUGCAGUUACCUCAUACAGUGAACCAUUUUAUUCAGAUGGUAAAAAAACUGGUCUUUUUGUAACUGAAGCAUUAGAACCAUUUUUAGAAUUUGCUCAAAAGGGGUACGAAAUACAAAUUGCUUCAGAAACCGGUACAUUUGGAUAUGAUGACCACAGUUUAACUGAAGAUUUUCUUAAUGGUAAAGCAAAAGAAGUCUUUGAAAAUAAAGAAUCACCAUACAAUGUUGCAUUCAAAAACAUUAAAAAAGCUUCCGAUUUAAAUCCAAAAGAUUAUGAUAUUUUUUUCGCAAGUGCUGGUCACGGUACAUUAUUUGAUUACCCAAAAGCUAAAGCUUUGCAAAACAUUGCUGCUGAAACUUGGGCAAAAAAUGGUGUUGUUGCUGCUAUAUGUCAUGGACCUGCAAUUUUCGAUGGUUUAAACGAUAUUAAAACAGGUGAACCAUUAAUUAAAGGCAAAAAGAUUACUGGAUUCACUGAUAUUGGGGAAAAAGAAUUAGGUGUUCUUGAAAUCAUGGAGAAAGAUCAUUUAUUAACAAUUAAACAAAUUGCUGAAAAAGAAGGUGCAACAUAUGUUGAACCAGAUGGACCAUGGGCUUCAUUCGCCGUCACUGAUGGUAAAUUAGUUACUGGUGUUAAUCCACAAUCAGCUGUCAUUACAGCUAGAAAUGUCAUAGCUGCACAUGAAUCAGUAAAUAAAUAA